GGGAGGAGGGGGAGCGGCCGCCAUCUUGGGAGGUGGUUUCGGGGGCGGCCGGAGGCGGCAGCGGCAGAUCUAAGCUAAGCACCAUGGAAAAAGAACACUAAGAUUUCCAUCAUGAUUGGAGGCCUGUUCAUUUAUAAUCAUAAGGGAGAGGUUUUAAUCUCUCGUGUCUACCGAGAUGACAUUGGACGGAAUGCGGUGGACGCCUUCCGGGUCAAUGUCAUCCAUGCCCGGCAGCAAGUGCGUUCUCCUGUCACCAACAUUGCCCGCACCAGUUUCUUCCAUGUCAAGCGUUCCAAUAUUUGGCUGGCUGCUGUCACCAAGCAAAAUGUCAACGCUGCCAUGGUCUUUGAGUUCCUCUACAAGAUGUGUGAUGUGAUGACUGCCUAUUUUGGAAAGAUCAGCGAGGAGAACAUCAAGAACAACUUUGUGCUUAUCUAUGAGCUUUUGGAUGAAAUCCUGGACUUUGGUUACCCUCAGAAUUCCGAAACGGGGGCCCUGAAAACAUUCAUCACUCAGCAAGGAAUCAAGAGCCAGACUAAAGAAGAGCAGUCUCAAAUAACCAGCCAGGUGACUGGGCAGAUCGGCUGGAGGCGCGAAGGGAUCAAAUACCGUCGCAAUGAACUCUUCCUGGAUGUGCUGGAGAGUGUGAACUUGCUAAUGUCCCCACAAGGUCAAGUUUUGAGCGCCCAUGUCUCUGGCAGGGUGGUGAUGAAGAGCUAUCUCAGUGGGAUGCCCGAAUGCAAGUUCGGCAUGAAUGACAAGAUUGUAAUUGAGAAACAGGGCAAAGGGACUGCGGAUGAAACAGGGAAAAGUGGGAAGCAGUCAAUUGCCAUCGAUGACUGCACUUUCCACCAGUGUGUGAGGCUCAGCAAGUUUGAUUCGGAGAGGAGCAUCAGCUUCAUACCCCCAGAUGGAGAAUUCGAGCUCAUGAGAUACCGAACCACUAAGGAUAUUAUCCUUCCCUUCCGGGUGAUCCCCCUGGUGCGGGAGGUAGGCCGGACCAAGCUGGAGGUGAAGGUUGUGAUCAAAUCCAACUUUAAGCCUUCCCUCCUGGCUCAGAAGAUAGAGGUGCGAAUUCCUACGCCCCUGAACACUAGUGGCGUUCAAGUCAUCUGCAUGAAAGGGAAGGCAAAAUACAAGGCCAGUGAGAAUGCCAUUGUGUGGAAGAUUAAGCGUAUGGCAGGAAUGAAGGAAUCCCAGAUCAGUGCAGAAAUAGAACUCCUUCCAACCAAUGACAAGAAGAAGUGGGCUCGGCCACCCAUCUCCAUGAACUUUGAGGUCCCCUUUGCACCUUCUGGGCUGAAGGUGCGUUACCUGAAAGUUUUCGAGCCAAAGCUGAACUACAGUGACCACGAUGUGAUCAAAUGGGUGAGGUACAUUGGCAGGAGCGGGAUCUACGAGACAAGAUGCUAGUCCUCCGCGUCGACCUGGCUUCCUCUUUCCCCAGCCAGCCUCCCUUGGUCUCAAAGUACAAUUGAAGAGCAUCUCUCUGGCCCCUCCUCUGUUCGGAGGCUGGAAGCUAGACGCCUGUGGCUCCUCUCUGGAAAAUGGACAGUGCUGCCUGCUCAGGUUUUGGUCGCUAUCCAUCAUGGCUGAAGUCAGACAGCUAAAAGAGCCUGACUGGCAUCUUGCUUCUGUUCCAGGGUCUGAAAGGGCCAGUCUAACCACCACCACCACCCCUUGUGAUCAUUCUAGGGAAUGUCCACCAUGUAACAAGCCCUCUUCUGUUGGUGUCACUACUUGCAUCGUAGCCUAGUAUUUUUGGAAGUUCUUGUGCACAUGUACUUGUAGAAUAGGUCUGAAAACUGUAGACUGGACAAACCUUGAGUUGAUUCCAGCUUCCGUACCUGCUAUUGGCUGUUGUGGUGGUUUGUUAAAGUGCAGCAGGAGUGGGGCUUGCUUUCCCCUCCUCCGCUGCCUUUCUGUUUUUUCCUACAACAUCCUUAGAAUGGAGUCCUACUUUGGGAAGGUUUGUGACCAAAACGGCUGAGGGUUGGCAUUUCUUGCUGGAGGUUGGGGGUAGCACAGCAGUUCAAAGCCUUGGAGGGCAAGGUCCUUGGAGCACUGAUAGCUGACUAAGCCAUCACCUUCCCCCUCCGCCAACUUAGAACUUAUACCCGACUCUCAAAACGAAUCCCUAGGAAGCUGACUUUGUGUCAGGACGUGAAGUGCAGAAUCGGUCCCCUGCAAUCCAGAAUUUGUCAAUAAGUCAUGCAUCUUCUGCCUCCCCCACCCAUGCCUAAUCGGCUUACGCUUUCUUCUGCUGAAUGCUUUUUGGUCCAUAGAAAUGCUGCCGCAACCUACAGUCCUCUGCUUCAAUAGUGUGAUCUCCCAUUUUGUACACUUGUGAUUUGUUCAGUUCAAAACCUAAUAAAAGUAUGUAGAACCUG